GCCACUGUGUAUGCUCAGAUCUUUACAGAUCCGGCGCAUCGGCCGCCGCUAAUAGUUACCUUCGCAUAAUGACUGAAGCAAAAUCUGGAGACUCCAGGGAUAGUCGGCCAAUCAGACUUCUUAGAUACGGAAGUGCCGGGCGGGAGUUUCGAGAUAAUUCUGGCCCUCGAUAUCUUGUCCAAUCGAAGCUUGCGGCUCAGGUCGUGCACUGAUCAGUAUCGAUGAGGCUGGCACGACCGUGGUGUUGUUGUGCUUGUGUCGUGCUUGUAACAAAUCCAUCGUAUGAUGUAAUUGGCUGGGAUUGUGCACGCCCGAAGGAUUUCAGAAGGCCCCGAAAACUUCGGUCUUUCCUUACCAAAGAGCCUCAAAGCUUGGAAACUGUUCAAAGAAUUUUUGCUUUGAGCGCCGGUAUGGACUCCCUUUGGCAUGCGAGAUGGUCAAUCCGGUUAGUUUGCGGGAGGACUUUAGCCCUAUCUCGCGGCAGUUUUGUCAGCACUGGCAGGGUUGAGUAUGGAGUAUGGAGCUGCAUCUUAACUCCGUGAAGUUGCACAGCGCUUGUUUACUCAACUCAAUGAAAACUGUACUUCGCCGUUAGCAG